ACUUUGCUGAGCUCAUUCACUUCGCCCCCUCCAGGGAUGGCUCUGAGCUCUCGAGCCCACGCUUUCUCUGUGGAAGCCUUGGUGGGGAAAUCCAGCAAAAGAAAAUCACAAGACCCCAGGGAAGAGGUGCAGACUGAUCUGAAGGAGGAAAAUAGCAGAGAGCAAAGGGAAGCAAGAAGAAACAGCGUUGUAGGGAAGAGUCAGCAGCCCGAAAAGCAACCCAAGACAGAGUCUUCAACAACUACUUUCUCAGGCUGUGGUGGAGGCAGCAGCAGUUGCAGCAAUGGCAACAGUCAGAAAAAUUUGGAAGAGGACGAUGUUAUCCAAAUGGAACUUCAGGGAUCUGAGCUGUGGAAGAGAUUCUAUGACAUCGGGACUGAGAUGAUCAUUACCAAGGCUGGCAGGCGGAUGUUCCCCUCUGUUCGGGUCAAGGUGAAAGGGCUGGACCCAGCGAAGCAGUACUAUGUGGCUAUUGAUGUGGUGCCAGUGGAUUCCAAACGUUAUAGAUAUGUGUAUCACAGCUCACAGUGGAUGGUAGCUGGGAAUACUGACCAUUCAUGCAUCAGUCCUAGAUUCUACAUCCAUCCGGACUCUCCAUGCUCAGGAGAGACCUGGAUGCAGCAGAUCAUCAGCUUUGAUCGAGUGAAACUCACUAAUAAUGAGAUGGAUGACAGAGGUCAUAUCAUCCUGCAGUCUAUGCAUAAGUACAAGCCUCGUGUGCAUGUGAUGGAGCAAAAUAGCAGGGUUGAUUUGUCCCAGAUUCAAUGCCUGCCUGCUGAAGGGGUUAAAACAUUCUCCUUUAAAGAAACUGAAUUUACCACAGUGACAGCUUACCAAAAUCAACAGAUUACCAAACUGAAAAUAGACAGGAAUCCCUUUGCUAAGGGAUUUAGAGAUCCAGGAAGGAACAAGGAUGUAUUUGAUGGACAUUUAGAGACCAACACAUGGAGGCCUUCUCUCAUGCUGGAAUUAAAAACUUUUGGUGCAGACUCACAAAGUGCUUGA